AUGGUACUGUGCGCAUCGAGAUAUGGAAUUGAGAAGCAAUUUGAAGCAGUUUACACAAUUUCAAAAUUUAAGGAAGUUCAAGAGGAGUUCACAGGUAAAAUGUACUACGACCUUGUUUCUUUCUCUGAGGGAUUAUCGGGGGCAACGUGCGAGGUACGGGAGGAUGUAAUUAAUGACGAGCAUUCGAAGGAAAAAAAACAUAUGAUUGCACUAUUGGUCCGUAAUGACGUGAAAUCUAUACUCGAAAGAUAUAUAUUACGGAGAUGGCGACGAGAUGUGAGUAGGGCCCACACAAGGGUACCAGUGAACUAUGAUGGUUUGAUUAGUACGCCAGGGCAAUUGAAGUACGACAAAAUAUGUCAACGCUUUGCUACAUUGGCCGAUUUGACAGCAGAAGAUGAAGCGAAAUCGGAUGCAAUAAUUGAUUGGAUUGACAGUCAAUGUCAAGAGAUGAUGGAAACAAAUCAUAGUAAUAAUAAUGUCCUCUCCCCUCAUACGACUCAGACAUCAUUCCAAUGUAGAGCACUACAGGAUACUGGAAGUGGUAACAUAAGGGAUCCAGAAUGUGUGAAAAGAAAAGGUACCCCGAAGAAACUUCGAAAGAAGAGCCCAUUGGAAACCAUUUCAAGCAAAGUUAAGGCAAGUACGGGUUCUACCAAAUGGAAGAAAACGAAGGUUCCUAGAAGUGAUAUGGGAAUGGUUGUAGCGCCCAUUGUCCAGCCACCUCAGCAACUGCACGUGCCGCUUCUAUUCUCCUAUACGAACCUCCUUCUG